GCGCACACGCAGAGAUAGUUGCAAAUUUCCCUUUUUGUGUUUUGGAUUAAUUUUGUUUGGUUGUUUAGAGAGAGAAGGAGGGGGAGAGGGAGAGAGAGAAAGGGCGUUAAUUUGAACUCACAUCAACUUUCUCUCUCUAAAGGGGGAAAAAGAAAAGGAAAAACUCUAUCAUCUUCACUCAUAUUAUACCCACUGCACACUACAGUUUUUUUGAACUCAUAUCCCCCAAAUUCUCUCUCUCACUCUCUCUCUUUCCUUCCCUCUCUCUCUCUCGCUGCGUAUAUAUUUCGAUUAAUAUCGAUAUAUAUAUAUAUAUAUUCACACACAUUGUUGUAAGUGUAAACGGAGGUUUUUUGAGAUUUGAUGCGCGCUGCAAAAAAGUGAGUAGAUCGGUGGUGAUGGCGGAGGUUUCGGGCGAGGGAAGUGUAGGCGCGGCGGCGGAGCUGAUUGCUGGAGAGACUAGCGGCAAUGUGCCGGCGGCGACGCCGCUGACGGUGUCGGCGUCGUUCAAGGAGGGAGGUAAGGGUUCGUCGUCGCGGCGGAGGGCGUCCGUACGGCCAAGCCUUGACGCUGAUGAGUUUAUAAACCUGCUCCAUGGUUCGGAUCCGGUGAAGUUGGAGCUGAAUCGACUGGAGAACGAAGUCAGAGAUAAGGACAGGGAAUUGGGGGAAGCGCAGUCUCAGAUCAGGGCUUUGAAAUUGUCUGAGAGACUUCGUGAGAAAGCUGUUGAAGAGCUUACUGAAGAGUUGGCAAAGGUGGAGGAGAAGCUUAAAUUAACAGAAUCUCUUCUGGAAAGCAAGAAUCUUGAAAUUAAAAGAAUUAAUGAUGAAAAGAAGGCCUCCAUGGCAGCUCAAUUUGCAGCAGAAGCCACUCUUCGGAGAGUGCAUGCUGCUCAAAAGGAUGAUGAUAUGCCUCCAAUUGAAGCCAUCCUGGCUCCGUUAGAAGCUGAACUCAAGCUUGCUCGGCAGGAGAUUGCGAAGCUGCAGGAUGACAACAAAGCAUUGGACCGACUUACCAAGUCAAAAGAAGCUGCUCUACUUGAAGCAGAGAGAACUGUACAGGUAGCAUUAGCUAAAGCUUCUAUGGUGGAUGAUCUCCAGAACAAGAACCAAGAAUUGAUGAAGCAGAUAGAAAUUUGCCAGGAAGAGAAUAAGAUACUGGAUAAAAUGCAUAGGCAAAAGGUUGCGGAGGUUGAAAAGCUUACCCAAACUGUUCGUGAGCUUGAAGAGGCUGUGCUGGCUGGUGGUGCGGCUGCAAAUGCUGUACGUGACUACCAGCGGAAAGUUCAAGAGAUGAACGAGGAAAGAAAAACUCUUGACAGAGAGUUGGCUCGUGCCAAAGUAACAGCAAAUAGGGUGGCAACUGUGGUAGCUAAUGAAUGGAAAGAUGCUAAUGAUAAAGUGAUGCCCGUCAAACAAUGGCUAGAAGAGAGAAGAUUCCUGCAGGGUGAGAUGCAACAACUCAGGGAAAAGCUUGCUAUAACUGAGAGAACUGCAAAAUCUGAAGCACAAAUGAAAGAAAAAUAUCAACUACGCCUGAAAGUUCUUGAGGAAACUUUGAGAUCACCGAACGCGGCAACUCGUGCCACGUCAGAUGGAAGAAGCUCAAGCAAUGGGCCUUCACGCCGCCAGUCACUUGGUGGAGCUGAAAACAUUUCCAAAUUAACUUCUAAUGGCUUUUUACCCAAGAGAUCACCAUCGUUUCAACUGAGAUCUACUAGUAGCAGCACAGUGUUGAAACAUGCAAAAGGGACAUCAAAGUCCUUUGAUGGUGGCUCACGAUCUUCAGACAGAAGUAAAGUUCUCUUAAAUGGAUUAGGACCGAAUUUUAAGCAAAGCCAGUCCUGUGAUGGAACUAAGGAAGCCGAGACACAGAAUAGUACAUGGAAAGCACCUCAAGAGGAAAAAACUAGUGAUAUACAAGUCACAGAUACAGAGGAUGCUGUGCCAGGGUUGUUAUACGAUCUGUUACAGAAAGAGGUGAUUGCCUUGAGGAAAGCUGGCCAUGAAAAGGAUCAGAGUCUUAAAGACAAAGAUGAUGCAAUUGAGAUGUUAGCCAAGAAGGUAGAAACUUUGACUAAAGCAAUGGAGGUUGAGGCGAAAAAGAUGAGAAGAGAGGUGGCUGCUAUGGAGAAGGAGGUGGCUGCGAUGCGCUUGGAGAAGGAUCAUGAAAAUAAGGCCAAAAGAGUGGGGAAUUCGAAGAGUUCAGUCAACAGCUCUCAGUUGCUCCCUGGGAGGACUGCAGCACGAAGUGGGUUGACACGCAGCACGCAAUAACAGAUAACCUGAUCUCAGCAUUCAGAAACAUUUCUGCAUAAACCUUGUAUUGGGUCCUUUUUAUCCUUUGCAUUUGCUAAAAUUUACCCUUUCACUGUUUGUAUAAUUGUAACAAGCAUGCCAAUGGCUCUUUGGUUGUGGCACGAGAGAAAACAAAAGACACCAUGCAAGGAAGGUGAAAUCCAGUGGAAAUGGUCGGUGUGCUUCUGACUUAGACUAAAAUUGUCCGCUUAGAGAUCAGCAAGAAGUAUGAGGAUAUCAAAGUUGAGCUAACCUUUUGGCAGAAAUAUUUGGAGUGGCAGUUUAAUGUGUUGUUGUAUAGGUAGCUUGUUGGCUUAUCCUUUGCCCACACAUUCUCCUUUUAUUGUUUGCAGUCUAUAUUUGAAAUCUGCAGUUAGUGUGGUUGGUAUUUGUUGAGGUUUGUCAAUAUUUUUGUUAUCAGAUAAAAAUAUCAGAUUUUUUCCA